AUGGGUGCCACGAUCUACAACCCGGCCAUGUACCGCUGCGAGUCCGACACCAGCAUUAUCUGGCUCGAGGAGCCGCGUCGGAGAUACGCGAAAAAUCAACAGGGCGUUGAUAACUUCGCGCAAACGCAACAAAUUAUCCGAGAGUGUCUUACCCUGCUGGGGCCUGUCUACGCGGUUGUCCGGUCCGAUCCUCAUGAGGACCAGAACGAACAUGAUGAGUUCGGCAGAAAUGCCAGCUCAUGCGGCGAGGAACUGUACCUCCAAGGUCACAUAUACCUGGAGAAGAUUCUCCGCAGCGACGGAAAGAACGUUGAAGAGUUCGAUUACCAGUAUCCCGCCAACCCGUCGACCAGGAAGUACCACCACAGAUGGGGCGAGAAGCCUGCGUCGGAAGAAUGGUGGUAUACACAAACUACGUACAAGGUUUCUUCGGGACCGGCACACACAAGCGUUGGCUCUAGCUGGAGCUAA